UGCAGCCGCAGCUGCCCACGCGCUGACCCCCAGGCGCGUCGACCCCCUCUCCCCUUCACCUGCACCUCGCGCAGCCGCCGCCAUGGCCGGCACCAUCCGCCCCAACGACAUGGACAUGUCGACGACGCCCAUCAUGUCCUCCAAAACACUGCCCGACCUCUCGAUUCCGCUCAAGUCGGCCUCGAAACCGUCGACCCCGCGCGCCCCCCGCAUCGACGUCGAGCCGCUCUACACGGCCGUCAAAUCCGCCCUCGGCGACGCAGACUGGACCACCUACAAGACGUCGCUGUCGGCCUUCCUGCUGGGCAAUCUCAACCAGGAGGAGCUCACCGCGCGGCUCGAUGCCAUCUUCGCGCGGGCAGAGGCCGAGGCCGCGAAGACGCUGGGGCCCCGCGGCGCCCUCGAGAGAGCGCACAAUGCGCUCGUCAUGGGCGUGUACGCCAAUGUGUGGCGGGAUGCGCCCGAGGCGGGCAUCGCGAGCUGGGUGUCGAGCUCGGACAAGGUGUCGGGGAGCGUGCCCAAGGGGACCGGCGACGAGAGCGAGAAGAGGCUCAAGCAGGAGGUCAUGCAGAUUUCGCGGCGGGAGCGCAAGCGCCUGAAGACGAUACAUCAGGGCGCGAGUGGGGGGUUCGAUUUCAUGCCGCUGGAUCCCGUUGGCGGCAUGAUGAUGGAGUACCACGAGGCGCGGAGAGUGAAACUGCCCGAAGCUGGGCCAGCGGCCCAGGCAGGCGGGUACGGCAAGACGAACUGGGACCUCGAAAUCCGCAAACGCUACACCGCGCCCCUCUUUACCGAAACCCACGAGUUCCCCACCGCAUCCUCCAUUUCUCUCCGCCUGCUCCCCAUCUGCUACGAGUCCGGCCUCCCCCAAGGCCACGCGCCCGACUGCGCCGACCUGCUUAACAUCGCAUGUGAGAACUACAUCAAAGAAGCGCUGACGAACUUCUUCACCCUGGUGAAUGCGAACGGCACUGGCUACGUGCGCACGGCCGAAUACAAGAAGCGCGUCGAGCGGGAAGAGGCGCGCGUCGCGCGGGGCGAGAUGGUGCGGCUCGCGGGCGGCGAGCUGCCCGUCGAGCACGAGGAGCGUCGUAAGCGCAAACUGCUCUGCAUGGAGGAUCUACGUCUCGCGCUCGAGAUCGGCGACAGCUACCUAGCCCACGUGCCGAUCCUCGCGGGCGCCAUCUCCCACUCCAGGUGUCUGGACACCCCGGGCGUCGAGGACAUUUAUCUGCCCCCCAGAGGAAAGGCCAUGGCCAACGGCUUCAACGGCACCAAACCCAACCCCCACGCCCUCAACCUCGACCGCGACCGCACCCGCGACGUCGGCGACCCCAUGGACAUCGAUGAGGAGUCCAACUGGCAGGGCGGGAGCGUCAAGGACAUCGACGACCUCGAUAGCGCGCUCGAUGCUGUGCUCGAGCUGGGGGAUCUGUGAUGAUCCCGGUCAUGUUGGUUUCCCGUGGAGAGAAUGUUUCGAAGAAGAGCGAGAUUGCAUGUAUGUGGCGUUUGGGCGUGUUAUCCAACUGGCAGCAUUUGGGCUGGGCUUCGGGUGGGCGGGCGCGCUUGGAUGAUACCCGGAUUUUUGCUCCCUAGCUAUAGCGGCGUUUUCAGAGGUGCGC